GUAGAACGGUAAAAUAACAGCAUCGAUAAAAACAACAAAGUUAAUAGUUUUAUAAUUUAUUUUUAAAGACUACCAUAACUAUUUAUCAACUUAAAUGUAGUAUUCUUAUAUCUAACCAUUUAUAUCAUAUCAUUUUAUUUAUAACAUCGCGGCAUUCUGGUCUUACCGAUUUAUAUAUUUACUACAAAAAAAAGGUCUUUAAAAAAAGUUGGUAUAGAAACUGUCAGGAAUGCUGCUUUUGCCUUGAUAUAAAUCUCCAGAUGGCUCCAGAUUUCUGUUGUCAAACCAGACUUAAAUUUCUUCAUGAGUAGCAAGCCUUCCGAGAGAAACUUCACCCUCCUUUUCGGUUUUCUGUUUUCUCAGUUCGUCAUCUUCGGACCUUUGGCUGUCUUAGUAGUAUACCAGUGGAGAAUUUCGCGAUAUACGGUUAAUGUGUAUGUAUCUGGUUGAUUUCUGAGAUGACCGAGCUAGGCAAGAAUGCCGAUUAAGAAGUGUAUGUUUCGUUACACAAUGAAAUAGAGUUUUCUAAAAAAAAAUUGUUCAUAGAUUCUUUACAAAAGUUAUCGAGUGAUUGAUUAUUAAGAGAACCUUAAGAGCCAACUAACAAAAUUUAAGAAGACGGAACUGUAAAUAACAGGGCAGCAGAUAAUGUUAAGCAUUCGGUUUGAUGUGUUCAGUGUAUUCGGAUUCGGUAUUUCUUAUCAUCCAAAACAUCCGUUCGUCGUGUAUACAUGUAUUAUCUAUAUUCUUGAUCAGCCGAUCUAAAAGUCUCGGUAUUCUCGAAUUUUUGAGCCUGGGCAAGGGUCGUGUUACGGUUGUAUGUCGUAUGAACAUAUUUUUGUGUCUUCUUUGUGCCUCCCGUUUGUUUGAUAUUUUAUUUAGCUAAUUUUCGCACACUAUUUCAAACAGACGACUAAGACCAGAUACACACAUCUGUGUUGUUGUUUGAAUUCGUAUUAUGCACUCGAUUAUUGUGUUCCGUGUUGUGUAACUCGGUUUAAAAUCGUAGUUUAGGUUGAAGAAGUUAUGAAAUGCGUAUGUAUUUACUCUUUAAUUUCGUUCAAGAUCGUAACAUCGUAAGCCUUUUUUUUAGUUUUCUUUGCAAAAGCAACAGUAAAAAAUCGAUCGCCCUGCGACACUGAUACACUGACACUUGGCAACUACCACACGCACACUAAUGCAACACGCGGCGAAUUCACUUCGCCGUAGUUUUAAUGCGCAUUUCUUUUUCUCCCUUCUUUACUUUGCGACAUUACCUUGUAAUUGUAUUUGUUUUUUUGAAAGUGCCCACUUAGGGGAGUGUUUUGUUGCUUUUUUGUUAUUUAGCGAGUGUGCCUGAGAGAAGCGAUGACACAAUGUGCGCCUAUCGCACUAUCGAUAGACAACUAGGAAAAAUACCGCGAGAUAAUAUUUUUUUAUUUUUAAGUGGUUUAAGGAAUAGGGUGGAUAGGAAAGUAAAUAACACGGUUACCAAACAACCAGCUUGAAUUAACUCGCACAGUACCAUGUGCGCAAAUAUGUUAAGAAGGAUAAAAGACAGUAGAAAGUAUCGAUUUCUCGAUUUAUCGCAUUAGCCCGUGUUCGGAUUCGGCGCCACAGUUGUUGUUAUUCGUUUAGCGACGCCGUGAAUUGUACAUGUGUGUUCCUUUUAUUAAUCUGUCAACCGAUUUGGAACAUAGUUUCCUAUUUGCAGCAUGAUUAUAAUGACAUUUUAGUUGUGUUUGCCAUUCGGUGUGUGAAGUGUGCGCUUUUGUGCUAGAUUUGGAGAAGGAGUCGGAUACGAAUCGAGCUGCCAGCAUGGACGACAGCGAGGAUGAAGUAAUGGAGGUUGAGGGGUCCACCUAUGUCGAAGAGGUCAAGGCCAAACUGCAGGAGAUCCGAUCGUGUGUGCCCUUCAUCCAGCGUGUGCAGACUUUAUACCAGCAAAAUCUCUCGAAGGUUCAGGGUCAGCGGUUGGAUGCGCUGGUCCGCCUGCUGGAGCGCGAAAAUGUAUCAAUGAACACGCUAAGUAAGAUCGAACAGAUCAUCGGCAAGCUCAGGACGAAAUUCGAACCGAGGCUUCAGCCCACCGUCAAGGAAAUCAUCGAUAUCAGUGACCAUACUGAGAUCGAGUCUGUCUCGUCGACUUCCUCCAAUCAGUCAAGUAUCGCCACACAUCCACCUGCCAAACAGCCCCAGCCAAGUAAAGGUAUCAAGUCAAGCGGCUCACUCAUCCCUUCAUCGGCUGCCACUAAGUCCAAGCCAGCGCCUCCAAAGGCACCGGAGCCGGGACCCAGCGCGAAAGCCAGUGCCUCCGGCUCCAAUUCUUUCACAAAGACUUUAGGCUCGUCCGACGCAACAAAGACUUCAGGCUCCUUACCCACCCUUAAGGCUCCCGGUUUCUUGACCACCCCUAAGACUUCCGACUCCUUGGCCAUCCCAAAGAUUUCCAGCGCAAAGCCAACAAAUGAGGUGCAAAAACCUAGGGACUCAGAACCAUCCGUCUCAGCUCAAGUCCGUGAUACAGGACCACCAGCCAUUCCACAGACAGUACCAGCCGCGCAGAAGAAGAAACCAGAACUGGUGUCCAAUCCUCUGAAUCGCGGUGUGCUGGCUGCAAUGCAUGAGGCCCGCAUGGAGGAAAAAAAGCAGCGGGCCAACGCCCAACAAACGACAUCAUCCCCAUCAACCAAAGAAUCAAGCGCUGCUGCUCCGCCCGAAACUGAAUUUUUGCGCCGAUCCUAUCCAGGAAGUGCUGCGAAGGCCACCCCAUCGCCGCAGUUCACCCACCAUUUGCCAGCAAAUCUGGGGCCUUCACACAAGCAGGAUUUUGUGCGCCGGAGCUCACCGCUUGUGCUGCCCGUUCCGCCGACCGUUCCGCUGCCCGUUCCGCUGCAGGAAGCUUCCCCAAGGCUGUGCGGAAAAGAUGCAGGCCAGCCUUUGUCAUGUAAGGAGGCUCCAGCUCAGGCGACACCCAGCAUUCCGAGUCCCACAAAUACUCUGAAGGAAGCUCGCAGGAAACUGGCGGCGUUAAAAGAAGGAGCUAUAACAUUAAUGGGGCAGGAAAUGCCACCACUGUCUUCUAACAUAAACGAUCCGCGCGGCAAGAAGAACUUAAGCCUGCCCAAGCUCAGUAUCAAUAACAACAAUAACGAAAGCUUAACACCAGUGACUCCGCCCACUGUUCGUUCUCCCUCGCCUAUUCCGCCACCACCGAGCAUGAGGUCCGGUACGUGGCAUCCAUAUUCGAACAUUCCCCUGGAGGGCAGCGGUUUUAAUGCUCCUCAGCAGUACAACUCAGAUUCUCCGGGAGGAGUUCGAACUUAUGGAGCUGGUGUAGCAAGGGAACCGAGUCAUGAGCCGAGGCGCCUUAAUGGCACUGAAUCUCGAGAACAACGUGAUCCUCGAAUCUGGCAGAACAAGCCCGCCCAUUCACAUCAGCAGCCGCAGCAGACGCAGCAGCCGCAGCAGCCGUCGCCACAACAGCCUCAGGUACUGCCUUAUUUCAGUGAUCCGCGUCGUGCUUCAACCAUCUACAAUGACUACGAUGAAGCCAAUGGUUGGCAGUCGGGCAACCCUAAUAAUAGUCAGAACGUUAACGGAAAUGGAACUGGAAAUGCCUACAACAAGUCCAGCUGGAGAGGCAGUCACAAGGUAAGCGGGCCCAACGCCAGAGGCUUUAUGGGUAAUCAAAAUGGGAGCGGAAACGCAGGAGGCUUUAAUGGCUCGUCCAGCUUCCGUGGUGGAUAUCGUGGAGGUCACAACCCACGGGGUGGUGGUGGUAACCAGAAUUCCCGAUUCGACCGAUCUAAAGAUAUACCUCGGACAUAUAAGGAGCACCGGAAGGCUAAGGCUCGCGCUGAGGCGGAAGCCAAGGCAAAGGCCGCAGAAAAGCAACGCCAAUUGGAUGCGGACACUCAGCGUGAACUGGAUGCCGAAGAGAAGCAGCGUAAGCUGCUUGCUGCCGAGAACCAGCGAAAGCUGGAAGAAAGUCAGGCUGCCACAGCGGCACCAGUGACACCUGUGCCGGAACUGGACACAUCCUACCGCAACUGCACUCUCGGUCUGUUGACUAAAAAGCUAGACUUUCGGAUUCCGAAAAAAACACCGCCAGUAGCUACGACUACCCCAAACUCAGUCAAUUUAGAUGGGGACAACCUAAGCUGCUCCUCAAAUUCCCCUACAAGCAAAUCCUGUGAUGCCAAAAAGGAUAGAGAUAAGAAUAAAGAUACACAAUUAGAUAAGACUAAGGAUAAAGAAAAGGUGGAAAAGGGCAACGAUAAGCUGGAAAACAAUGUGGAUAAGUCCAGUAAGCAUCACAAAUCGCAGGAUAAGAAGUCCGACAAGGAAAAGAGUAGAUCCGGCAAAAAGGCAAGGAAACAACUAGACAGGGAGAAUGAAAAGAAAUCUGGCGACACAGAGAGCGUGAACAGUGUGGACAGCUCAGAAAACACAGACAACUUGGAGAACGAACCGCCCGUCAGUGAGACAAACGCCUCUCCUCUUCCAGAACUACCGCUCAGCACUCCCGACAGCCAGCAAGCCCAGCCGCCGGUCGAUGAGCUCGAGAUCAUAGCCAAGAUCGGCGGACCGGCGGCCGAAAGCACGACUUCCACCUCGAAGGCAACAAUUUCUGCAACAUUUUCGAUAGAACAAGACGAUGAUGGGGAUCUUUUCGACAUUUUAAAUAAGAUAAAGGGACCGACGGGUACGAAGGCCCCGAGGAAGCGCGGUGUUUCCACUUCAGAGGCAACGUCAACGAACGCGAAUUUGGGGAAACCCGAGGAGAAAGACGACAAAGUAAAAGUUGACGCGGAAGGGAAGGAUGAACACCCUCCCAAGCUCUCUAAGAUGAAAAUUAUUGUUGGUCCCAAUGCCACUUUGAUGGUGCUCAACGAUGAGAAGAACAAAAAGCCAUCAGAGCGGUUUGAGGAUGAGCACGACGACGAGGAGGUGCCAGGGCCUUCGCUUCAACUUCUGCACCGUAUUAUGCAGCGACGCAACUCCAUGGCUCCCACGGCCAGUAAGCCGCUGGUGAACAAGGAGGAGAUCUCUACAAGCCUUCUCUACGAAGACCUGCAGGAGCAGAGGCGCAAGUCUCAGAACGCCCGCAGUCUGGCCAACAUGUUUGAGAAGACAAAUGACAAUUGUAGCGUGUCCACGCAGAACAUUAUCAGCGGAAAACGUCGAACACGCGGUCUGGAGGCCUCCUUUAACGAGACGGAUCUAAGCCGGAGCAUCUUUGGCUUGGGACAGAUCAAUAGAUCUCGGGCAAAGGCUGACGAUGGUGGCACUUCCAGGGCGAAGACUCCUGCUCCUGGAGCAGCCAAGUCUACAGAAAGUUCUUUAAAAGUUGAUGCCAUAGAAGUCGCCCCUGUUGCCGCUCCAAAUCGUAAGCGCAGGAGGCAAACCAUUCACGUGGAAACUGCUGAUAACUCAGUGGAGCCAAAGAGAGCUUGCUUAGAAACAAAGGAAAUUAAUGAGGUCAGGGAUACAACGGAUAAGCAACCGGCAGAGAACAGCAUGCAUGCCCACAUUAUGGACGUGGACGAAAACUCUGCGGAGUCGGUCCCACAGUCCGUAAUACCACCCCCGCCCAAACCUCGCGCGAAACCGCGAAAAAAGCGCAACGAACUGGAUAAGCUGAACGAUGACAUUGCGCAAAUGUACUACGGCGAUGAUGUGCUGCGGGCCACCGGACGGAGGGCCUGUACGCGGCGUUCCCGCACUCCAUCGCAGACGCGAUCUAGUUCCCAGCGCUCUCGAACCCCAUCUUUGGCGCGAGCCUCACCCACCCCCGAUAGCAUAUCCAGCCCCUCCAUGGCCAGUCCCAUUUUCAUCCGGAAUGUGGCGCGAAGGGGCAAAGCCUUCACGCCUGGAUCCCGAUCCUUUAAUAGCGGAAUCAAUCGAACCACGUUUAAGGCAUCUUUGCUGAAGACCAAGAGCUGCAGAGUGAGGAUCAAGAGAUGUCCUGCCUUGGAAGAGCUUACCAAAAAGCUAAAUCAGCAACCAGAGACGGAACAAAUAAAGACAUCGAAGGAGCGCAAAGUGAAGAAGAAUGUUUGCAACAUAAAUCCCGAGUGGCACUCAAAGUCCAAGGCUAACAUCAAGUGCGUUGUCUGCUUAAAGCCGAUCCGCAGGAGCUCUGUCUGUCACUACAUGAUGUAUCAUAAGGAGCAUUUCGCUGCUCGUUUGCCACCAGGAGUGCUAGACGAACUGCGAGCGGGACGAGGCAAUCGUCCGGACUACUGGAUUUUGCAGCGGAGCUACAAAGUGUUCCACUUCAAGUGUCCGUUCUGCGAGAAGCUACUCCUGCUCGGCCAGCAGAACCUGGGCGAUCAUCUGAACUCCCACCUGGGCGAGCCGCGCCAGCAGUGCUCCCAUUGCAACUUCCCGCAAAGCCACCAAAGUAAGAUACAUAUGCACACCGCUUCCUGUGGGCCGGGCGCCAAGGCUCUGAGCAAUCCCAACAACGGCCGACUGCCGAUGAAAGUCCACGUGUGCCAUCUCUGCCAGUUUGUGCAGCAGAACAAGGAGAACAUGGAUCGGCAUCUGGUGGAGCAGCACGGCCUGACGAAGGAGCAGCUGGAGAGUGUGGGGCGGGAGGAGGUGGUGCUCUGCACCACGGCUGACGUACCUAGCGAGGAGUCAAAGAAUAAAACCAUUGUUAACCAGGAACGAAAUGAGGAUGAUACCGCCAAACCAAGUGAAAGUCCAAAAGCCAAUGUUCCCAUCUCAUCAAAGGCGGCCACAAAGGGAGUGCAGAAAAAGAAGGUAAAGAUCCGGUUCAAGAAAAUGGCCAAAAAAUCGGCUCGUCGAGUGAAGCGAGAAAGGGAAGAGGAAGAGACACAAGCGGCCGAUAUGGAGGUGGAUCCAGAGUUGCCGGAGCUACCGCAGCCUCCGCCGGAAAAGGAGCCCGUGUUGGUGAUCAACGAAUGUCUGAUGGAUAUCGAAAUGGACGCGGAUUUGGAGGAGGGCCUGGACGAAGAACAGGCCCUGCAAAACAAGAGCUUGAUGGUAGACGAGAAGCCUGUCGUGCUGCUCGAUGUGGUUGCCGAACAGGUGGAACCAGAGCCAAUUGAACAAGAGCCAAUCGAACAAGAGCCAACCGAACAAGAUCCAACCGAACCAGAGCCAUCGCCAAUGGAGGAAGAUCUAGUUGUAAAGGAAGUGACUCCACCUCACCGACCACCUGUGCAGCAUUCAGCUCAUAAGCUGCCUGAAGUCAGUUUGGCUGAGUUGGCUGUACUCGAUGGCAUUGGCAGCGAUGGUUCCGACGUUGAGAUAGAGGACGAACCGCUGAGCCAGCAAACCGCUGGCAAUGAUUCGGCGGCGGUUGAGCCAAAUGAUGAUGGCGAUGGCAAUGGCGAAAACGUAAACGACGAUGAUGAAGAUGACGAUGAUAACGACGGCGCGGUCACCGAUGAGUGGGUUGAUCUGGAGACGGCCAAGCGCAACUCCAAGGGCUCAAAGAGCAUUUUCCAUGUCUUCAAUCGCUUCUGCUCGCGCAUAAGGAAGGGCACCCGAUCCGGCAAACCAGUGGCUUCAAUUGCGAGUAGCAGCAGCGAUAGCAGCAACGAUGUGCCCGAUCCCAGCGAACUGAUGCCCAGGAUGCGGCCCCUAGAGCCCGAACCGGCUCCGGUGCCGAAAAAGGUGAAAGCGACCCCUGUUUCCGCUACACCUGAAGCAGCUGCCGUCACUCCAACGCGUCUCUUGUCGCCACCCAAACAGGUGGAGAAUGUGGCCUUUCGAAAGUCCUCAUCAGAUGGAGAACAACACCGCCAGGCAUCCUAUUUCUGCAUGCGGCCGGGCUGCACUUUUCUCUUCUCCAAUGAGCUGGAAGGCCUUGAGAAUCACUUUGCGUUAGAGCACCCGCAGGUUCGCUGGAGUGGCAGAUGUGCCAUCUGCCCGGGGAUUAGUGCGAUGGGCACGAAUCUUAGUAUAUCCGGGGAACUGCGUCACAUGAGGGACGAGCACAUGGUGGACAGACCCGCCCUGCCUCCUCAACCGCCUACUGUGGUAGAGGUAGAGGUGCCACCGGCCAUUGUUCCGGAUCCUGAACCUGUUCCAGUGCUUCCCAAACUAAGGGUUCGUCGCUUCACUGGCGAUCGUCUGAACAAUCCAGCAGCGGAGGAGCCGUCCAACGAAAUGCUCAGGGUUCUGCUGGCGGCGGAGCCUCGGCCGCCCAAUCAGCAGGUUGAUUUCAAUGCCGUCGGAUUGGGCGAGUUCCUUUGCGCCAAGCCAAACACACCGCCAACGGAGCUAGCUGUCGAGCAGCCUGUCAUAAUAAACUAUCAGAGUGGUUUGGGCUUGGCCAUUAGCCAGGUUUACAGCGGGGCUCAGAUGGCCGGGGAUGCAGUGCCAUCGCUAGUCGUGGGAGAGACUCAUUCUGAGCUGUCUGCUGCUUCUGUAGCUGUGGAGGGAAAUCGAUUUCGUUGCAUGGCCAACAACUGCAACUUUUCCGCCCACAAGGUCAUGUUCGUCAGGGAACAUAUGAAGUUUCACAGCUUUAGCUUCCGUAGCACCGAUUAUCUCAACUGCGCCUAUUGCUCUCACGUGGCUGUCGACGUGGAUGACUAUCUGCGCCACGGAGUGUUCAUCCACGACCUGGCACCGCGCUCUGACCUGGACAGUGUAACCGGACCGCCCUCUGUGAGCCAGCUGAUCCGGGACAAGCUUAGUCAGCGGGGCAAUGCGGCCAACAUCGCCCGUCUCCCAGCCGCAAUCCCGGCGGUCCAGCCCGUCAAUGUGCAAAACUGUGUGCCAGCGACAGGAGGAUCAGGAGUUGCCGCACCCCCCACUGGGCCCGUGACCUUGACCGAUGCGGUCACGGAUCUGCUCAGGCCCACGGGAUACAGUGAGGACAGACUGUUCGCCUGCCCCCAAAAGGGCUGCAUUGUGCGUCUGACGGAAGAGCAGUUCGUGAACCAUGUGCGCUACCACGUCCGCGACCAGGUGAAGUGCAAGUACUGCAGCCAGAUGAUGCUCCCGCCAGCACUGCGUACGCAUCUGCAGCAGACCCACGCCCGCCACAGCAUAUUCUGCGCCAUCUGUUUGGCCACGGCCGUCAACAAGCGCCUAAUGUUGUACCACAUGCGCAACGAGCAUGGCGAGGCCUUCGACCUGGUCAACCGACAGCUGCAGUUCAUCCAGCUGCAAACGAUGCCUGAUGGCGUGGCCAAGGAAGGCGUGGAAGCCGAUUGGUAUGUGGCCGCCCUUGAGCAGCCCUUUGGAGAACAGCAGAUGCAGAGUUUUCAGCGCAAGCUGUUUGAGGAGCUGGACCUCCGGCGGCAGGGCACGAAAACCGUUUUCCGCGGCUCUGAGGUGCGCCUCUUGCCCCGUGUUCAAAACUUCCCCGGAGGGCUGCGCUGCGGAGAGUGCCCCUUCGUCACCUCGGAUCGGCCCACCAUGCAGCAGCAUCUCUACAAGCACAAGGAGGAGGCCAUUUACCAGGCCUACCAAUCGGAGGAGUUAGCAGUAAUGCCAGGGGCAGACUCUGCAAGCCCAACAGCUGACUCAGCUACAGUUGCCGAGGAACCAAUAGCACCAGGUACUUCCGGACAAAGUUCCCAGCCAGAGCCACCGCAGCCGGAUCCAAUAGUUCCUGGCGUGCACAAGCCUAUCAGACCGCCGUUUGAGUAUGUGCCCUCGAGGAACCGCUACCGCUGCGGCUUCGCCAAAUGUGGUACUGUGCUGUCCUCGGAACGGGUGCUGCGCCAGCACAUGUCUUCCGAACACAAGUACUCGGAAAUGAUAUCCUGCCAGCACUGCAAGACGCGCCAGACGGGGCAGGCCAGCGUGGAAAAGUAUCUGGCUCAUUUGCUAAUGCACAAGCGGCACAUCUUCCAGUGCGGCGCUUGCGAGCGCUACAACAACAAGCGCGUCGCCAUCGAACGACACAUCCAGGAUCGUCAUUACAACCAGAACGUGGACGUGGUGGUGCACCGUCACGGUGACGACGGGACGAUCUCCGCGCGCUGGCUAAAGACACCCAAACUGUUGCGCCUGCCCCAGAUGGAGUUCACGUGCAACCUGUGCAUGCAGUGCUUUCCCACGGACGUGCAGAAUAUGGCUCAUGCGGCGUCGGUUCACAACCGGAACUACCAGUACCACUGCCCUUACUGCCCAUUUGGCGACAAGACCGCCACAAUGAUCAUCGACCACAUCCUAUGCACUCAUCCGGGAUUGCGCGUGCAGCCGAUGCAGAUCUUCCAGCGCAUCGUUACCAAGAACAAGCAGCUGCUCGGCUUCUACUGCAGCUUUUGUCACGAGUCGGCCAGCAAUUUCCAGAAGAUCGCCGUCCACUCCGAGGAGAGGCACAAGUCGCGUUUCAUGUUUCAGUGUCCGCACUGCGAGGUCGGGCAUCAGAAUGAGCGCAACGUGGUCGGGCACAUUUUAAAAAUGCAUCCGGAAAAAAGCGGACUGGCUGUGAUGCAGUUUGAACGCGUGGUUAACGAAAUGCCCGAUAGCGUAAGCUGGGAAAUGGGACAGCCCAUCGAAGUGGAGCUUGAGCAGCAGCAGGUGCCGGGACAGGGUCAUAGUCGGGAAAUGGGGGGAAGGAAGGUGCAGGUGCCACAAAUCGUGAUGGAAGUGGUGGACCUGCUGGCCUCGGACGAGGAGGCGGAGGAGGGUGAGGCCGAUAUGGAGAUGGAGUCGGAUGAACCGAAAAUUGUGGAGUUCGCAUGCACGCAUUGCGACGAGACGAACAGCAAUCUGCAGGACCUGCGCGCCAAGCAUUGGGCCCGACACCAUCCCGACCAGCCCUUCUACUUCCGCGUGCAGCCGCAGCUGCUGUGCUCCGAGUGCAAGAUGUUCAAGGGCAACGCGAAAGUUCUGCGCGACGAGCACCUUGUCAAGGUGCACUCUAUCCGAAACAUCGUUGCCGCAGACAUUCGGCGGCCCGGGGAAUGCGCCUACUGCGACUACCGCUAUCGCGACUGGCAGGAUCUAGCGAACCACAUCAACCGGCUGGGUCACCUGCCCAACGACCUGAAGCAAGUGACGGAUGCGGAGCUCGAUGCCCUUAAGCAACUGUGUGCCAGUGGAAACGGCAGCGCCGUGAACGAGUACUACCAGUGCGAUCUGUGCAGCAUGGUGAUGCCCACGAAGGUGGCGAUCGGCCAUCACGGCCGCAUGGAGCACAACAAGCCCGGCGAACCAUUCUGCUUCCGUCAGCUGAAGGCCCCGGUGAUCUACCACUGCUUCUUCUGCAUGUUCACCUCGUCCGACGAGUUAACUACGCUGCGCCACAUGGUGGACCACUACAGCCGCUUCCGGUACUGCCACUUCUGCACCCGACACCAGAAAGGCGGCUUCGAGGAGUACAUCCAGCACUGCUAUACCUUCCACCGCGACGAUGUGCAUCGCUUCCGGGCAGUGCACUCAUACAACGACCUGAGGAAGUUCCUCAUGCAGGUGCACUACCAGUUCCAGAACGGUCUGAUUAUCACAAAGAGCAGUCUGCGGUAUACGCGCUACAACGACGAAUCCAUGAUGCGCAAACUCGACGAGGAACUGAUGGCCAAGGCCCAGCAGCCGCCAAUCCCUCGGUUGCACAUCAGACUUAAGUCGACGGGGGUCGCGGGACAGACGCAGGUUGAGAUCCAGGCGCAUCCAGCUGUGAUGUUGGGACGCAUCGCAAAACGCCGUAAGACACUGAAUCCGGACGAACUACUCAGGAUAUCACGGCAGGAGGAGCCGGCGCAACAACGGCAGCUGGCUCAAGCUGGGAGAGAGGUCGCUAGAUCGUCUGCCCUUAACAACGUUCUAUCAACUUCAUCCGCUGCUGCCACACCUCCACUUAGGGCCCCGGCCACGACGACGGGAAACUUUCUCGGCCUAACUAAGCGCCGCAACAGCUACGUUGUCCGCACUGGACCGUAAAACUUUUUUCUAGACUAAGACCACACCAUUAUUACACUUAUUUUUAAAACUAUUACAUCGGCUUACAGCCUUGAUUAUACUCUUUAUGUGUAGUUGUGCUAGUUCCAAACUAAUUAAGCAUUCAAAAAACCUUUUUUUUACGUAAUUAAGACCCUAUGUUUACUACAUUUGUAAGACUUAAAAAGAAGUAGUUAGGGAGUAGGAGGAGAGAUAAAUUUGGAGACUAUGAUAUAACGUCGACAUUCAAUUGAUUAAA